CCCACCACCACCGCAACACCCACAACCGCCGGAGCACUACUCCUCUAUGACGCCAUGUCCACAUCACGGCAGCUUCCACCCAACCGCCGAGCCCUCCGGCCAAGCACAACCACGUCCCAUCACACAAAGCCGCCUCUCCAGAGCCGGGGAGCUCGGUGCAAUGAUUAAAACGGCCAACGGCCGGCACCUGGACGUGGCUGCCGCUGUCCUGUGGCCCGCCCUUGACGAACUUGAAGACAAUAGACAACUUACAGACUCCCCAUCCUCGACAGCAGCAAGAACAAACAAAACUGCACCAGGGGAGAUCACCACCAUCACCACCGCAACCAUGUCAGAACGCGUCUUCCAGCUCGCAGGCACCUGCAACAACUACCCCUGGGGCAAAAAGGGCCGCCAGUCCCUCGCCGCCCAGCUCUGUGCCAAGACGCCCGGCACCGACUUCUCCAUCAAGGACGACGAGUACUACUCGGAGAUGUGGUUCGGCGACUACCCCGACUUCCCAGCCCGGAAGCUGUCCACGGGCGAGUUGCUCAAGGACGUCCUGCAGGCCAACAAGGAAAAGCUCCUCGGCAGCAAGGUCAACAAGCACAUGGGUGGCCAACUGCCCUUCCUCCCCAAGAUCCUGUCUAUUGCCAAAGCCCUGCCACUCCAGAUCCAUCCCAACAGGGACCUCGCCAGCAAGCUCCACGAAAAGGACCCCGAGAAGUUCACCGACGACAACCACAAGCCCGAGAUUGCCGUCGCGCUGUCCAAGUUCGAGCUGUUUGCCGGGUGGAAGCCGCUCGGCGAGAUCGCGCCCGUCUUCGCCGCGGUCCCGGAGCUCCACCAGUUCCUCCCCUCCGGCACCUCCCCAGACAGCAAGUGGACGGACAAGACCCUGCGCGAAGUAACGCGGAACCUCCUCAAAGCGUCCCCGGAGACGACAAAGUCGGUCCAGUCCGUCUUAUCCACCUCCUCCACCGCCAAGAACAUCCCGGACUACAUGCCGUCCCUCCUCCAGCGCCUGCAGUCCCAGUACGGCCCGGACGACGCGGGGAGCCUGGUCGCCCUGCUGUGCAUGAACUUCUUCACCUUUGCGGCGGGGGACGCCGUGUACAUCCCCGCCGACGGCAUCCACGCGUACCUCGCGGGCGACAUUGUCGAGUGCAUGGCCCGCAGCAACAACGUGCUCAACAGCGGCUUCUGCCCCCGCGCCGACCGCGACAACGUCGACCUCUUCACCGACACCCUCACUUUCAGCCAGGCCCACUCGCGCGACGACAUGUACCUGCCCAGUAAGCCGCUCGGCAAGGGUAGCCACCAGAGCCGGAACGGCAGGACGGUCGUCUACGCGCCCCCCAUGAGCGAGUUUGACAUGUUCAAGACGGACCUGCAGGGCCCCGGGGACGAGGACGUGCUGGGAGCGCAUGAGGGCCCUGCCGUCGCCAUCGUCACAAAGGGCGGCGGCCUGCUCGAGGCGGACGGGCAGCAGUUUGAUGUCAAGGAGGGCUACAUCUUCUUCGUGGCGCCGGGCGUCGAGGUCACAUGGAAGGCCGGGGAUGGCAAGGACGGGCUGCAGGUCCAUACCGCCGCCGUGUAAAGUCUGCAGUCACCAAUCUGACAGGCAACAGUAAUAAUGGCUGGUGGAUUGUAACAUGUGGAGAG